AUGGGUUUUCCACCAGAAGUUGAAGGAGAAGUGCACAGUGUAGCCAACCUUGCACAAACUUACAGUCAUCGCGCUCUCAAAGUUAGCAGUUCCAGUGGUUUGUUAUGUUUGGCAAUCCUGGGUGACAACCUACAAGGCGUAAAUAGACAAGCUGUUCUUUCUUCGAUUAGAGCUUCGCAAAGAGAAGAUGGAAGUUUCUGGAGCGAAGGACAAGGGUCUGAGAGCGACAUGCGGUUUGUAUAUUGCGCAGUUGCUAUCUGUCAUAUAUUGCAAGAUUAUUCAUAUAUCGAUUGGGAUCUACUAAAAAGUUUUAUUAGAGCUAGCUUAAAUUAUGAUGGAGGGAUAGGGCAAGGUCCUGGAGACGAAAGUCAUGGAGGGUCAACAUUCUGUGCCAUUGCUUCUCUAUCACUCUCCAAUCGUCUUUGGGAUGAGUCAGUACUUACGCGAAAAGAAAUUAGUCGAUUAGUCAAAUGGGCCUUAUGGAAACAUGAUCAUGGUUUCCAUGGCAGAGCUCAUAAGGACGAUGAUAGUUGUUAUGCCUUUUGGAUAGGUGCAACGUUAGAGGUGAGAUUGUGCCUCAUUUAAAU